CUAAAAAUAAUAUUCUAUAGUGGCAGUCGUUUAAAAUUGCCACUAUAGGAUACAUCGAUUGCCGCUAAAAGUCGUGGUACAAAUUAGGGCUUUUUUUACCUCCUUUUUUUACUGUUCUCAUUCUCUCUCACAUGAUCUCUCUCGCAAUCAAUGCUGAUCUCUCACCACCGGACGACAUUCAAGGAUAUCGGCAUCAAUAGCACUAAUCUGCGACGUCAACGUUAGCGCUUGAUUCAGUCUCUUCACUAUAGUAUUGAACCAACAUCUCGAAGGCUACAUUAGAGAAGGGAAAGCCAAUUUUACCAAAUUUACCAUAUUGUAUAGUCGGUUUCUACUUUUUGAUGAAGAAGAAAAACAGCUAAAGCUAACAAGGGAUCAAGUAGAUGUCUCGACAAGAGAGUCGGGAAAACGAUACCAAGCGUCACCAUUUGAAGCCCGACAAAGAAUCCAGUCCAAAGAGACCAAGAAGAGAUGAGAAACUAGCUUCAGAGAGAACAUCAAGUGAUCGUAAUUUGGACAUCAGAAGCCAUACUGAUUGGGAUCAAAAGCGUUGCAGGCGGUUGGAAGAUGCUAUACAACUUAUGUCUCCACUAGCACCCAAGUUGAAGGGUGGGGCUGCUGACAAUGAAUUUGACAAGAAGACAAAUGGAUUGCAUGAUGGCAUGAACUGUUCAUUCAAUCCAACUGAAGUUCCUUUGCCUCAUCCUCGGUCUUACUUUCAGCAGAAUGAGCAUGGUAGUGCUGGGCAAGGUGGUCAAAGCUUCAGCUGCAGACAAAUUGCUGAACGUGGAUGGUGGAGAGAUCCAAAGGAACAAUUCAGCUAUAGGGAAGAAGACAAGGCUGGACAAUAUGACAAUCCGCACAAAGACAAGAACAUCCAAGCUAAAGGAGAAGACAAGAGUGUUUGGCACCACAAUGGGUCCUUGUACCCAGAGCCAGAGGCACCCCCACAGGCAAAGAAAAGACCUACAUUUCGGGAGAAGAAGAUUCCAUUGGAUUCCAGAUCAGGGGGCAUAACACCAGCCAAUCCUGUUAAGCCUAGCAAUCCUGAACAGAGAGGAGAUGAUAAGGGAAGGAUAGGCCAUCGUUCCCACGUUGCAGACAGACACCAGAAACCAUUCACAGGAGGGAAGGCUCUACCAUACAAGGGAGAGGUACAGAAGUCUGGCCUUCCUCCAAGAGAGAAGUUUAACAGUUGCUCUGGUUUUAGGAGAACAGACAGAUUUAGUGGUAGGCAUGGUGAAAGAAACCAGUAUCGACAUAAUACUUCCCGCAUGGAGAAAUGGAAGCAUGACCUAUUUGAUGAAGCCAAUAGGAGUCCUACGCCUAAGAAUGAAGAACAGAUUGCUGAAGUGGAAGCUCUGUUAACUUUGUAGCAAUGCUGUUGCUGAGAACCCGGUUCCUCGGCUAUUGUUACAUUGCUGUUGUGCUUUUGACUUUGUACUUGUAUUUCUUUUUAAUGUUUCUGUGUAGCCCGUCCCUUUCUUUUCCCCAAUAUCUAUAAGACGGGGUUUUACGGAAGAAGAUUCUUUUCUCUGCUUUUUGUUUGGUGGGAUAUGGGUCUUGUUUAGUCACCUUGAAAUUAGUACAGGGGUUGUAAUGGCCUUUUUGCUAUUA